AUGGACGACCUCGACAUGGGCGCGCUCGACAUUUUAGGCGCGGGCAUCGUGACGACCAACGAGGCGUCCAAGGACCCGGAGGAGGAGGCGCGCAAGGCCGAGGCCGCGCGCCACGAGGCGGCGUCCGACGCGCUGAGCACGGCCAUCAAGACGGAGGCGCUGAGCAAGGGCCUCGCGACGAAGUUCAAGCUGACGCACGCGAACAAGGACGACGCGGGCAAGCGCGUGAACCUGCUGCUCGUCGACCAGGUGACGUCGACGUCCGUGCGGCUCCGGUGGACGCGGCCGAAGACGCGCUACCGCCUCGACGGCGUGCGCAUCAUGAUGCGCGAGUCCUACGGCGGCCAGGGCUUCGGGAGCGGCGCGUUCACGACCGUCGUCGAGCACACGCGCGAGCCGGAGACGCGGAGCCGCGUCGUCACGUCGCUCAAGUCGGACACGGAGUACGAGUUCCAGCUCGCGGCCGUGCACGACCGCGCCCAGAAGAAGGGCGGCGCCAAGCCCAUGAUCGUCGACGGCACGAGGGUGACGUCGAACCCCAUCCGGACGACGAAGGCGACGUACUGCCAGGCGUUCUUCUUCGAGGAGCCGCAGGAGAUCGACCGGCUCUGGUCCGUGUUCUUCGGGAUCUUGACCCGGGGCGGCGAGGGCGGCGCCAACGCGCUGGCGUCGGGCGACGACUACGUGCUCGCGCAGAAGCUGACCAUCGCCCAGAGCGACCCGAAGCCCGCCGCGCCGUCGGACGACGACCCGCACCCGCGGCCGUGCUGCCUCACGGGGCGCCAGUGCCUCGUGCUGAACCUGCCCGGCGGCCUCGACGGCGGCUGCUGCGCGGACAUCGAGGUCAAGGAGAGCCGGCGCUACCGCGUCGAGGUCUUUGUGUACCACGACUGCUCCACGGACCGCGAGGAGCUGCCGCACGCUGUGCCGCACGACUCGGGCUGCGCGCUCGUGGGCUUCGACUACAAGGACCGCUACUCGGAAUCGAAGCGGGCGCGCAUGGUGCGCCAGUGGGAGAAGCUCGAGGUGGAGAUCAUCGGCGCGCCGGGCGACCGCGCGAAGAUCGCCGUGCAGGCGACGCGCAGUGCGACGCGCAUCUACCAGGGCGCGGUGCUUUUGGACGCGUGCCGCGUCUUCAUGCUCGGCCGCGACGAGGUCGGCGACUGCUGCUCCGAGCUCGAGAAGGCCGCGGGCGAGCCGCGGCUCAACGAGACGGGCGUCCUGCGCGUCACGGUGCUCGAGGUCAUCAACCUGCCGCGCUUCGCGGGCGAGGCGCCGCCGCAGCUGCCCGACAAGGCCUACCCCCUCGCGGAGAAGGACGCGGCGACGAUCCUCGACGACGACGGCCUCGACGACGACGAGCCCAAGGUCGCGCGGCGCGCGACGGUGAACAAGAAGGCGAGCGGCAAGGAGCGGCCGUCGAAGCCGCGGCUCGUCAUCAAGUGGGGCGCGAAGGUCGUCGGCGAGUCGGAGCCCUUCGACCCCAUCGAGGAGGAGAAGCACGCGCUGAGCCCCGUCGGCGGCGUCACGCCCCAGGCCAUCGCCGUCGACGCCGCGCGGCCGACGUGGAGGGAGUGCGACACGACGCGCCACGUCCUCAAGGUCAAGGCGUCCGCGAAGCUCGGCGGCAUCGGCGUCACGGACAAUAUCGCGGGCCAGGUCGCCAAGUCCAUGAUGCGCGACUCCGUGCUGGAGAUCGAGGUCCAGGACACGGCCGUCCGCGGCGUCGCCGCGCGCGCGCGGCGCCGCAAGUUCGAGCUCGGCUCCGUCGGCGACGCGCAGAAGGCGCGCGAGGGCGCCGCGGGCAAGCGGCGGACGACGAUGCGGAGCCUCGUCAAGCGGCCGGGCACGCCGUCCAAGGGCGCGGGCGACAAGAGCGACGACGAGCAGAAGGCCGAGGACGACGCGGCGGCCCGGGAGGCGGAGCGCGAGCGCCUCGUCGAGGAGCGGAGGACGCGGGCCGCGGAGGAGAAGGCCCAGCGCGCGCGGCGGCAGGACGCGCUCCUCGCGCGGCGGCAGACCGCCGUCUUCGGCCUCGCGCCGGCGCAGGCGCGGCCCACGAGCCCCGGGAGCGAGCAGCGCGAGGCGCCGGGCAAGCUCCCGCCGCGGCCGGGCACGCCGGGCACGGACAGCGAGGACGAGCACCUCCGGGAGCAGAUCGUCGACACGUCGAAGACGGAGACGCAGCACGUCGACGCGCUCGCGUCGAACGCGGGCCUGGCCAUCGCGGGCCAGCAGGGCCUCCUCGCCGCGUCGCGCGGCGAGCAGCGCCGCGGCGGCGGCCGCAUGACCAUGUUCGGCCGCAAGAAGCCCGACGAGGACGACGGCGGCGGCGCGCCCAUCGGGCGCCUGCGGCUGACGACGCGCGAGCUCAUGUGCGCGCCGCCGUACCGCGCGUGGUACCGCCUCGAGGACGAGACGGGCCUGACGCACAUGUGCGUCGCGCUCCUCGUGCGCUUCUGGGACCCCGUGCCCCGCGUGCCCGUCUUCAGCUUCAUGGCGCGCGACGUCGCCAAGAAGGAGAAGGAGGCGGAGAAGGAGCGCGCGCUCCUGUCGUCGAAGACGAAGCAGUUCCAGGAGGAGAAGCGGAAGCAGCGCGAGAUCGCCAAGUCCAUCGGGGCCCUGAGCCGCAAGCUCGCGACGGAGUGCCUCAACCCGAAGCAGCGCAACACCUACUUCGGCAAGCUCCUCUUCAUGCUCGGCUGCUCCGCGGGCGCGCGCGUCGCCAAGGCGGGGUCGUCCAAGUCGAAGAAGGAGGUCAACGACGGCGAGACGAAGAAGAACCUCCAGGGCGCCAUCGCGACGAUGACCAUCGACCGCAUGGACCCGACGGAGGCCCAGCAGCGCAUCCCCGUGCCCGAGCUCCUGAAGCGCAAGGCGGAGAUGGUCCGCCAGGGCGUCCUCGAGGAGUGCGUCGCGAACCUCUGCAACCCGCGGACCCAGGAGAGCGCCGCGGCGCUCAUCGCGGCCGUCGUCACGUUCCCGCGCGUCCUCAUCGUCAACUCGUCCGAUAUCCACCGCUGCUCCGCGGCGCUCCAGGGCCUCGUGCGGGGCCUGGGCGUCCUCGACUUCAUCGAGGAGGCCUGCGACGUCUACUGCGCGGAGAUCCAGGGCGCCGGCGCGUCCGCCAAGGACGACGACAACGCCAUCAGCGACGCGAGCCGCGCCGUCGCGCCCAUGUCCGUCGCGGAGAAGGCGUGCGCCGCGGCCUUCGAGGGCGGCCGCUGCGCGCCCGCGCGGGCGCCGCCGGCGGCGACGGCCGGCGCGCUGCUCGCCGUCGUCUUCGGCGGCGCGCGGACCAUGCUCGUCACGGAGAUGAGCCAGCGGCCCUGCCUCUUCCCCGUGCUCGCGCGCGCGGUCCAGGAGAACGUGCCCUGCGCGAAGAAGUGCCUCGAGAACCUCAACUUCGCCAUCCAGUUCCCGCCGAAGCUCGUGCACCAGUACCGGCGCUUCCGCGUGCUCGUGCCCUACCUCCACGACGAGUACUGGCGCUGCCCGUCGCUCGAGAUGGAGAUGGACGCGAACGAGGAGGAGAUGCAGAACGCGUGCCGCGGCGCGCGGAAGCGCGCGCGCGCCGCGGAGCGGCACCGCCUCGCGACGGGCGCUUUCCCGCGGCGCGUGCGCGUGCCCGUGCGCGACACGCCCCUCAAGGUCGCCGACGCGUCGUCCGACUUCUCGACCAAGGUCACGGCCGCGGGGAGCCACGCGUUCUUCCUCGAGGACGCCGCGCGGCCGGACCUCGAGUUCGUCGCCGUCGCCUACGGCGAGAUGCGCGAGGGCGCGCUCGAGGACCUGAGCGCGGAGAUGGACGCCGCCGUGGGCAGCCCGCGGCCGGGCACGGGCGCGAAGCGGUCCAAGUCGCCGGGCACGCCGAAGCGCGGCAAGAGCCCCGAGCGCCCCAACAGCCGGCACCGCCACACGCCGAAGCGGCCCCUCACGCCCGAGGAGCGCCAGGCCAAGGCCGCGGAGCGCGCGCGGCUCCUCGAGGGCGGCACGCCCGCCGACGACGACGAGAAGCAGGAGGAGGACGUGCAGAAGAAGUUCGCCGCGUUCUUCCACCGCGACUCCGAGAGCGACGCGAACGAGUCGUCCGACGACGGCGGCUCCGACAGCGAGCUGUCCAUGGAGGGCGCGGAGCAGAAGAAGCGCGCCAAGACGCCCAAGGCGCCCGAGGUCGAGGGCGCGGGCUCCGCGGGCCUCGCGGCCAUCGGCCUCGGCAAGGCCUGGCGCCGCAAGUCCAUGGUCAAGAGCCAGGCCGACGCCGACGCGCGCGCCAAGGCCGUGGGCGACGUCGCGGCGAACCCGCUCCAGCUCGAGUUCGUCGAGAAGGAGGAGGAGCCGCGCCGCGGCUCCGUCAAGGGCGCGUUCUCGGCGUUGGCCGGCGGCUCCAAGUGGAAGAACAUGAUCAAGCCGAAGAAGGCGGACCUGCCCGUGCCGGAGCCGGGCGACGGCGACGCGCCGCUCAACCCCCAGGUCGGCCGGCGCCGGUCCUUCGGCAUGGCCGCGUCCGCGCGGUCGCUGGGGGCCAUGAAGAAGCUCCGCGCGAAGAUCAAGGGCGACGGCGGCGACGACGACGAGCCGCCGCCGUCGUCCGAGGAGGACGGGUAA